AUGAGGAAAAUCCUGCAGUACUCAAGAAUGAAGGAUGACGUACCUCCGGAGGUGGCUGUGUCCCACCACGAUUCUCUGAAUGGAAACGUCACUCUCUCCUGCUUGGCCACAGGCUUCUACCCUCGAUCCAUCCAGCUACACUGGGAGAAGAAUGGGCGACUGGGGGUGUGGGGGCAAGAGAGGUCCAGUGGCAUUCUGCCCAAUGCUGAUGCCACUUUCUACCUCCAAGUCACCCUAGAAAUUCCUCUGAGGGAUACCGACACAGAUUAUACCUGUGUGGUGAAGCACAGUGCCCUGGAGAAGCCAGUUAUAUAUCCUGUCCCUGUGAAACCUAUCCCCACAGAGAUACCUUGGGCCAAGGCCCUGGGCAUCCCGAUAGCCUUCAUCUUAGUGCUGAGCUGUGCUGGAGCCUCCACUGCAUGGAAGAAGAAAACAGGUCAGAGGACCCACGAACACGCUACAGUGAAUGGGUAUCACAGGCACGAGGGUCAAUUUGUUGCAGUAGGAACAAGACAUCAUCUCUUCUACUUCACUAUAAUUCAUGUUAUCGAUGAUGUGCAGGUGUAUUAUUAUGAUAAAGAGGGCACACAAACUAUAUUCAAUAAAGCAUGGAUCACCGAGGCACUAGGGAAAGACUAUGUUAAUCGUAAGAAGGAAAUUAAUUUACUCACUCAGACAUAUUUCAAUUGGCUCUUCAAGUUCCUUAUACAGAAUGACACCAAGAGUGAUGAGAGUCACACCAUACAGCUCUUUGCAGACUGUGAACUGGAUGAUGAUAUUGAGAUUGGCAGCCAUGUCAAGUUUGCCAUGGAUGGUGAAGAUUUUAUAAAGAUAGAUGAUCAGGCUAACCACUGGACCAUCAUGAAGCCUGAAGCGGAGCAUUUCAAAUCCUUAGCAGAAAGUAAUUUUGGGGCCAAAAUGAGAGAGAAGGCUAUAAAGAAAUAUUGCUAUGACAUGAUGCGGAAAAUCCUACAGUACUCAAAUAUGAACGAGAAUGUGGCCCCUGAAGUAACUGUGUCCCGCCAUGAUGCUCCAGAUGGUGGAGUCACCUUCAACUGCAUAGCCACAGGCUUCUAUCCUCGCUCUAUUCAACUGCAUUGGGAGAAGGGUGGGCAGCUGGGUGUGUGGGGACAAGAGAACUCCAGUGGCAUUUUGCCCAAUGCUGAUUCUACCUUCUACCUACAUAUCACACUGGAACUUCCUCCUGGCGAUUCAGGGACAGGUUACAGCUGUGUGGUAGAACACAGUAAGCUGCAGAAACCAGCUGUGUAUCCUGUCCCUGAGAAGCCCUCUGUGAAAAGGCCAUGGGGAAUGGCCCUGGGUCUCCUAACAGUCAUCAUGCUGGUGCUGGGCUGUGCUGGGGUCUUCAUCCUAUGGAGGAAGAAGAAAACAGGUCACAGAACUAAUGAACAAGCCACAGUGGAUGGUGAUGGAAACCUGUAAAGGGAGCUAGAAUUUGCCCAAUCAGUAUUUACAGUACUGAAGAACCUAUGGGCAUACAAAUAAGUUCUACUAUCCUGCUCUCUCUCUUAAUCUCUUUUAAUCAAGAUAGGUCUUUUUAAUAAUAACAGGAAACAUUUACAAAAUAUAUUCUAUUUGUCAG